AUGGGGCUUUUAAUCAACAUCGGCGUGAUGUAUGCUGCCAUUAAUUUCUCAUCCCGUGAAUGGAGCCAUGCGCCGCUGGUCGAGCGGAAUCUACCUUGGAUCUUUUGUAUCGGCAUUAUCGGCUUCAUCACUGGACACAUUGCUCUGGCUGUUGAAGUUGGUCCCUCGCUAGCCUACUCCUGGGGUGCAGUGAUAUGUCAGCUUCUGCUAAGCGCUUUCUCGCUUUCUGGGGUCGUGUUGCACGGUGGGAUUUGGGAGCUUACGUUGGAUGUAUUGGCCACAAUCUUUUGCGUGGCUCAAUAG